AGAAGGUGAACAUCACCAGUAACCCAAUAAACCAAACUGUGAUAAACCAAACAGCCGGGAUGACCUCUUUGAACGUGUUUACAAUUUUCCUCCACGGCCUCUUCUCCACCAUUGGCAUCGUGGAAAACCUCCUUAUUGUCGGAGUGGUGGGCUUCUAUGUCCGCCGCUCUGUUAUCAGCAUCUGGAUCCUGAACCUCGCGGCCUCCGACCUGCUCGCCACCGCUUCCCUGCCCUUCUUCACCCUCUACAUGGCCCGAGGCAACACCUGGACAAUGGGUCCCACCUUCUGCCGCAUCCACUCCUCCGUCUUCUUUCUCAACAUGUUUGUCAGCGGCUUCCUGCUGGCAGCCAUUUCUAUGGACCGCUGUUUGAUGGUGCUGAGACCCGUCUGGGCCCAGAACCACAGAAGCAUCCACCUAGUGAGGAAGAUAUGUGGGGUGAUUUGGGUCUUGGCUGUGAUCUGCACUGUACCCUUCUACAUGUUCCGUGACACCAUCCCCCUGCCCACCGGCCACAUUCUUUGUUACUACAAUUACGCUCAAUUCCUCCCUAGUGAACCGUACAACUUAGAAUCUUUAUGUAAGCAGCGCAAGGAGGGCUUGGCAUUCAUGAGGCUCUUUCUAGCCUUCCUGAUCCCUCUCCUGAUCAUCAUCCUCAGCUACGCAGCCGUGAAUGUCAGCUUGGCGCGCCGAGGCUGCCGACGCCCCUUUCGAUUCGUUCGGCUCGUGGUGGCUGUCGUGGUGAGCUUCGUGCUCUGCUGGGCUCCGUACCACUUCUUCAUCAUCGCAGAAGUGAUGGCCCCCAGCGGGGACCGUCUACAGACGCUCGCAGCCAAGGCCCUCCCCGUUGCAGCGACGAUCGGCUUCCUCAACAGCGUCCUCAACCCCGUUCUGUAUGUGUUCAGCUGCCCUGACCUGUGCAGUAAGAUCAGACAUUCUCUCGGUGCGGUGAUGGAGAGCGUCCUGGCCGAGGAUCUGGCAGAGCUGGCUCGACGCCGCAGCACUGCUCGUAGCUCCAUCAACACCUCUGAGAUAGUGCUGAGGCAUAAGAAUUCCAUUCCAGUGCCUAUGGAGGAGCAAGAGCACACUGAAACUGUCAGUAACUAAGGAGGCAAGGAGGCUUUGACUUACUUCAACUUUACCAUCCAUAUAUGAAAAAGUAGCGCGGCCUUUUUUGAGUCAAUUAAUGUCAAACUGCUGUUCAUAAAACUUGUUCAAACAUUCCUCAAAUUACAAGCCAUCCAGCAGCUCAGUUGCCAUAAUCCCUUCUGCUCCUGGUAGGUUUUUUAAUUUGAAACAUUUGCCAGAUGUAUUACAUUUUGAUUACAUUUCAGCUCAAUUUAGUUUUAUUUAUAUCCCACCA